AUGAAAUCUGCUUCAAAUCUAGAUUUUGCAACUCCCAUACAGCCUAGUGGCAAUAGUACCACUACUAUACCAGUAUUCGAGUCAGCAGAGAUCGAAGAGUCAUCUGUUUCCAUCCCACCUCAUCCUUUAGGUGUCAAGCCCUCAGGGAAUCAAUAUACAGCCACCAGCAAUGCUCGUUACGCGAUUGGAUCUCUUCAGAUCUUGCCGGAUGAAGUGGUGGCCAUAUUAUUAGAAUCUUUGCAUCCUGAAUUGUUAGCCUUGCUUGGUUCUACUUGCAAAUUCUUAUAUGCAUUCACGCGAUCCGAGGAACUUUGGAAACCUUUAUUUAUUGAGUCCCCAGUAUCCAAAUCAGGUACCUUCAAAUGGCGAGGUUCAUGGCGUGCAACAUUCCUCAACAUAGAAGAAAGCCAGCUCUCAAAAAUCCAAUGUAACAAUGUCUUCUCCGACGUCUUAUACCGACCAUUCCUCUGCACCCACACCCCCCUAACCCCCUACACAACCAACAUCCCUCUGAAGAACCAAAUUCCCCGCCUCGAAAACCUCACUCCCGAAGAAUUCACCUCAACCUGGAGCGAUAAACCCUUCAUCCUCACUGCCCCAGUGAGAGAAUGGCCUGCCUAUCAUUCCUGGGACACCGAAGCUCUCCUCCGCCAACACAGCGAUAUCAAAUUCCGCGCCGAAGCCGUCGACUGGUCUCUCAAGACCUACAUCCAAUACAUGAACCACAGCGCCGACGAGUCUCCCCUCUACCUCUUCGACCGCGAUUUCCUCUCCAAAAUGAACCUCUCCACCCCCAAAGCCAGCUCCGCCCCACCCUACCAAAUCCCCUCCUGCUUCGGCGAAGAUCUCUUCCAGGUCCUCGGCCCCAACCGUCCCGACGACAAAUGGCUCAUCAUCGGUCCCGCUCGCUCAGGCUCAACCUACCACAAAGAUCCCAACGCCACCUCCGCCUGGAACGCCGUUCUCCGCGGCUCAAAAUACUGGAUCAUGUUUCCCUCCACCCCUUCUUCACCUCCCCCACCCGGCGUAUACGUCAGCUCGGAUCAAUCCGAAGUCACAUCUCCCCUUUCCAUCGCCGAGUGGCUCCUAGGUUUCCACUCCGAGGCGCGUCGCACGCCCGGAUGUAUCGAAGGCGUAUGUGCUGCUGGAGAAGUGCUGCAUGUACCCAGUGGAUGGUGGCACUUGGUAGUUAAUCUGGAUGCCAGUAUAGCUAUAACUCAGAAUUUUGUGCCGCGCGCGCAUUUGGUGGGUGUGUUGGGCUUUUUAAAGGACAAAGCAGAUCAGGUUUCGGGGUUUAAGAAAGAGGUGACGGAUCCGUACACGAUGUUUGUGGAGGGCAUGAAGAGGGAGUAUCCUGAGUUAUUGGAUGAGGCCAUGGGGGAGCUAGAGAGGAAAGCGGAAGGAAGGAAGAGGAAAUGGGAUGAGGCUGUUGCGACUGGGAAUGGGGAUGGGGAGGCUGGGGGAUUCAGUUUUGGAUUCGGUGGGGACAGUGAUGAGGAGGUGCCUUGA